AUGCCAGAGGCCGAGGACGACAACGAGCUUGGCGAGUUUGAUGGCGAAGGUAUGAGUGCACCAUUGUCGGGAGGUGUACUGCCUGCCUUAUUAACAAAGCUUGGUGGAGUCGAGAGUGGUGCAGAUGUGUUCGAUAUCGAUCGUGAGUGGGUAUUUACAUUGUUGUUGUUGUUGUGGUUGUUGUUGCCACUGCCACUGCUGUGGCUGUGA